GCAGCGGGUGUUCAACUUGGUCCACGAGGCGCUGCAGGAGCGCGGCAAGAACGACGGGUUCGACCUGUCGUUCUCGGGCGCCACGCUGACGCUCUGCUUCGUGCGGCGCGAGGCGCGCGAGGUGCUGGUCGGCUGGGUCGGCGACUCGACCUGCGUGCUCGCGCGGUCCGGCGCGGAG